AUGGCAACGACAAGCUCACAAACGUCCCCAGUGCCAUUCAACAGCGCACCCAAUGGACCCCCACAGAGGUCAGGCAGCGGACUCGGCCGUCCAGGCUCCGCUCGAUCAAAAAGGCUGAGCAUUGGAAGCGCAGAAGAGCUCGCAGCGCAAAAUUAUGGAAUGAUACCACCUAUGGCACCAGCUGCUCCAGAGGCGCCAAGAGGGCCUCCAGUCUCGUUCCGAAAUAGCCCAAUGCUAGACCGAGCGGAUAUCCCAUAUCGAGCUGCCGUGCCUCGAUCAUUUUCUGUUAGGUCGAGAAACCAAACUCCUGAAAAUAUACAUGCGCCAGAAGCUGUUGGAUAUGAUGUUAGCAACGGCGCACCUUAUGAGCAGCUUCAAUAUCCACCUUCAGGGCGGCGUGCUUCAACAGGACACCCAACAUAUGCAAGUCCACCACCGGCCAUGACCAAUUCGCCCUCACAGGCGUCGCCAAUGAAUAGAGUACGAAACUCUCGAGAACCUUCAGAGGCACUUUCGCGGCCAACAUCAGGAAGUCAGGCAUCCCCAGUGAGCCGCUCGAGCACUGUUCGAUCCACAACGGGCGAUAAAUUCAACGCACCGACUGGUCGAUCUCCCCUACAGCAAUUAGAGGGUAGGCUCGUUGGAAUGAGCAAGGAAGAAAAGAGAGCGCGAGUGAUAGAAGCCGAAAGGAGAUUGCGUGAGAAGAUGGCAAAACGUGAGAGCCAGCGAGCAAGUCUUACUGUGCCAGAUGCUCCCUUGAAUGCCACAGCAGCAGACGCAGCAAAAAAUCAACAAGAUGUCUCGCAAUCGGAUUCUUCUAGAGAUAUACCUGAUUAUCAACCCCAGCGACGACAGCCAUCGAUCAGUCGCAAACCCAUUGCUCCGGAACAGUCUCAAUAUGCAACGGUGCAGACAGCUCAAGAGCCCCAGUACGCGCACGGUCAGAAUAGUCAUCGGGUACCAGGCCCUUCUGCACAAGCACCGCAGAGGCAGCCAAGUGGGAGCCAGCGUAUUCCUCCUGGGAAUGGACAACCCGCUUCAUCAGCACAAUACCGCAAUAGGAACGUGUACAGCCCAGGCAUUUAUGACCCAUCGCCAAUAGAAGCAGGCAUCCAAAGGACAGGAAGCAUCAAGGCACAGAGACCUAUAUCAAACUAUGAUGCGCAGCGGCCUAUAACUUCCGCAGGUCGUCAGCCAAUGACCACCGCUCAAGAUACUCGUCCUGUGACCUCCUAUAAUGAACAAACAUUCCUGGAUCCCGACACUGGAGUUCGGCCCACUCAUUUUGCUGGCGAGGGUCUCAACCAGGCUGUUAGUGGACAGCAGCAUACCCCAGAAGAUCGUGAAGUGACCCCUGCAUUGAAAAAAUCAAAACGAAAUACCGUCUCCUUUGAUGUCCCACCACCAACACCUCCGCCCUUGGAUGAGUGGCGAAAAGCUCCGGUGGCACGAUUACGUCUCAUCGACCGAGACUUUGAGCGUCUUGACGUGGAUAAAGGGAAGGCAUGGUGGGAAAAAGGCAGCUCAAAGCGACGACAGAGCCGUGGUCUUCCGAACAAUUAUCGCAAACCUACACCCAAAGUGAACGAGCGCAAUCGAUUCAAUCCUCUACUCUUUUUGAAGUGUGGCCCGUUGCUGCGCUACCUUGGUAUCAGAAAGACUACCGUUGAUGGACCGCAGGGACCUACUGAGCAGGAAGUAUGGCGCGGAAGUGUCAUGAUUGUCACAACGGACUCCUUAUCGUCGUUAGAAACACCGCCAACUUUGCGUCUCUUUGCUCAGCCCAUGGAUCUUCUGCCACCCCCUCCGCGACAGAUCAAUGACGAGGAGGGAGCUCAGCUAGCUCCUGAGUAUGUAGACCCUGUCGCUGGUUUGGUGAAACUCGGCCGUGAUGGACGCGCCCUAUACGUCAAACCCGUGGAUCAUUUGGAAGAAGGGGUUGAUCUAUCAGGCGUGGAAAGUGAAGACGGUCUUUUCGAAAGCUUCCCUAGUCCGAUAGAUUACGGAACCGACAAGAACAAAGGCUCGACGUCUAUCCCGAGUAACAGACUUCAUCCAGUUAACGGCGAGAACAGCGGUUUGUACGAGGAGAUUCAGGGAUUCCGUCUGUAUUCUGAUCCUGCGAGAGAUGUGACAUUCUGGCGUUUCAACAUCGAAGUUGAACUAGGCGACAAGCAAGAGCGGAUCUCAUAUCGCAUCAACGAAGGGCCGGCAAUUGGAUUUUGGGUUCCGGCAAAGGGUCAGUCGAUGAAUAUCAUGUUUCAUUCAUGCAACGGAUUCAGUCUUUCUGUCGAUCGCAAUAAGUUCAGCGGACCCGACCCUCUUUGGCGAGACGUGCUCAACGAACAUCAGACACGUCCUUUCCACGUGAUGAUUGGUGGCGGAGAUCAGCUUUACUGCGACAAAGUUAUGCAGGAUUCGGAACAAUUCGAAGAGUGGACACGCAUCAAGAAUCCACACCACAAGAACAAUGCACCAUUCAGCCCGGCAUUCAAGGCUGAAUUAGAGACCUUCUACCUCAAUCAUUACGCUGCAUGCUUCUCGCGCGGUCUUUUCAGUCUGGCUAAUUGUCAAAUCCCCAUGGUCAAUAUUUGGGAUGACCAUGACAUUAUCGAUGGAUUUGGCUCGUAUCCUGACCAUCUCAUGCGUUCACCUGUCUUUUCUGGACUGGGCAAUGUUGCUUUCAAAUACUAUAUGCUUUUCCAGCAUCAAAGUUUGCCCGAGGAGACUGAGGCUGACGAACCUAGCUGGCUUCUUGGAGCUGACGUGGGCCCAUAUAUCAAGGAAAGAAGCCGCAGUCUCUUCAUGUCUCUAGGAAAAGGGGUUUCAUUCUUGGGUAUUGAUUGUCGUACUGAACGCAUGCGCGAUGAAGUUGUCAGCGAGCAUACGUACGAUUUGAUCUGGGACCGAUGUUAUCGUGAAAUCGAGCGAGGUCAAGUCAAACACUUGAUUGUACUCUUAGGAGUGCCUAUUGCCUACCCUCGACUUGUCUGGCUCGAAAACCUCUUAAGCAGCCGAGCAAUGGAUCCCGUCAAAGCGUUGACAAAGGCAGGCCUCUUCUCUGGCUUAGUCAACAAAUUCGAUGGCGGUGUUGAGGUUCUAGACGAUGUGGACGACCACUGGACGGCGAAGCAUCACAAGACAGAGCGAACAUUGUUGAUUGAGGACUUGCAAGAUCUCGCUGCAGAGAAGUCUGUGCGCAUUACAAUACUAGGUGGCGACGUCCAUCUCGCUGCCAUCGGCCAGUUCUACUCAAAUCCUACUCUUGGUAUCUCCAAAGACAAAGAUUACCGCUACAUGCCAAAUGUCAUUUCAUCCGCUAUUGUGAACGCACCGCCUCCCGAAAUGCUGUCAGAUUUCCUCAACAAGCGAAACAAGAUCCAUCAUAUGGAUUCGAAUACGGAUGAAGAUAUGAUCCCCAUUUUCACGCAUGAUGUGGAUGGAACGACUCCCCCACCAACACCACCAACACCUGUCGAAACACCUGACAUCGAACCAGACAGUGCACGACCAGGACUACUCAAACGAACUCUGUCCCUGGGUCGCGGAGAGAGCCAACCCCGUCCAAGCACCGGGUUACUUCGACGUCUGUCCGGCAGAGGUCCUCCACCAACAAAAGACUUCAACCUCGACAACGCGCAACGACGUCGCUUCAGUACCGACGCUACCGCUACAAACCGCCCACCGGAGAACGGCGACAGCUACUUCGCCGCAUCCGACGAGCCACGACCAAGCCCAUUCCAUCGUCGAACCACCGACCUCUCUACCAAAGCAUCCAAAAAGGCAGCUCCGGACACCGAAGGAGAAAACUUUGUCAACCUCGAAGGCGGAUUAGAUAUCACAUUGAACUGUGAAGUCAACCCCCAAGAUCCCGCCGGUAUCACAACUCCAUACAAACUCCUCGUUCCAGCCCUGUGGUUCGAAGGUGACGGCUUCGAUCCAGAGCCACAGCCUAUAAGAAAAGGGUGGAAGAAGUGGCUUGGUAGAGGGAAGCCUAAACGUGGUCAACAUCCGCAACAACAUGAUGAUCACCAUGAAGAACAUCAGGAGCAACACCAUGCCGCUAGUCCACAGCAGGCGAGAGAUGCGAAUGGGGGCUCAUAUGCUUAUGAAGAUGAUGACGAGUACGAGGAGGAAUACCAUCAAGCUGCUGCUCACGGCGUGCAGCAGUCCCAUCCUUACCAGCAAGAUUCGCAGCAGUAUGACGAUGAGGCGUACAGUGAUGAGGAGCCAGAAACGCCGCCCAAAAGGAAGAAGUGGUUAGGUCUUGUCUAA